AUGGCAACGCAACGAUCUUCGCUCGGUCAAAAAGCUGGCUGGCUGUACCACGAGUCGGGAAUCUCAGCUGUGUAUUCUGCUGGUCGAGAUGCCUGGCUGCUUAUUCUCUCACGGACAUGUCGCAUGUUCGCAUUCAAGGCUGUCACGCUUACGAUAGCGCAGUUCUUCUCGGAAUUAGGUUUUUCUGAUUUCAGGAUUGGCUUGUUCAUGAGUUUGACGCUGUUGGGUGAUGUUGUGCUCGGUUUGGUUGUAACGCUCAUGGCCGAUGGGCUUGGUCGGCGGAGGGUUUUGGUGGCGGGUGGCUUUUUGAUGGCCGUGUCAGGCGCAAUAUUCUCGGUCUUUGAGAAUUUCUGGAUUCUGCUUUUCGCUGCUGUCGUUGGUGUAGUCAGCGCGAGCGGAAGCGACUUUGGUCCGUUCCGAGCCAUCGAGGAGUCUAUGCUGUCUCACAUCACGACUCCCAAGACGAGAGCUGAUGUUUUGGCUUGGUACAUCACCAGUUCGAGUCUCGGUGCUGCAGGUGGCGCGGCACUGGCAGGAAGAUUUGUCGAAAAAAUGACAAAACGAGAGGGAUGGAAUCUUGUGAGGGCAUAUCACGCGACUUUCUGGGUGUACAUCCUGAUGGGUGCACUGAAUGUCUUGUUCGCGUUUGUCAUGAGUAACAAGACGGAAGCCCAUCACGAUGACUCUUCAGAGGCUUCUGACGAACUAGCUGAGGGACUUCUGCGCGAAUCGAUGGAGGAAGAGGAAGAUGAAGAUGAAGACGCUCGUAGGACAAGACAGUCCGUGACAUCAAAUCAUCCUGAGCCAGCGAGUCGCUUUUCAAGCGUUUCGUCCGGCACCAGGUCUGUCAUGUACCGGCUAUGGUUUCUCCUGACCAUCGAUUCUCUGGCUGAUGGAAUGGUUUCGGAAUCUCUCACGACUUACUUUCUCGAUCACAAGUUCUCGCCUUCCAAGACUACCCUUGGAAACAUCUUCUCGUCAGCCCAGGUUUUGGCAACCAUCUCAACAGUCUUUGCAGGACCCCUAUCUCGUCACCUGGGCCUUAUAAACACCAUGGUAUUUACUCAUCUGCCGUCUUCGAUAUCAGUUCUGUUCUUCCCUCUGCCCAGUGGUCUGGUCCUCACAGUCAUACUCCUCUUCAUUCGCAUGGGUCUCAACAAUAUGGAUCAAGCACCCAGAGCAGCCUUCAUCGCGGCUGUUGUCAAGCCUGAAGAGCGCACUGCUGUCAUGGGAAUCACCUCGACACUUCGAACUUUGGCCAUGGCUACUGGCCCUUCGCUGACUGGAGGACUUGCAGAAUCUGGAAAGUUCUGGAUUGCUUUUCUGGUGGGUGGCAUCUUGCGAAUCAUGUAUGACUUGGGUCUCUGGUUUAUGUUUGUAAACAUGAGACUGCAUAGUCACGAGACGCAUCAUGAGGAGUCAGUCCCAAGAGGGCAGUCUAUUGAUGAAGAGGAUGUGGAGAUGUUGCGGCAGUCGAUCGAGAGUGAAAGUUCUGAUGAGGAGCAUCGAAAGUGA